AUAUGACCUCUUCCACAAAAAAACACAAAAUAAUAACCGACUUAGAUCAAUCAGAUAGUCAAAUACCUGUUCGAGAUAAACCCAUUCAUUCAAGUCGAGUUAUUAUGGGAAAGAAACAUCUGAGUAGCCUUUGUGGAAACUUUCCCAAUCGAAGUCGAAGUGCUGAAUGGAAUCCUAAGAAGCUUCAAAAUUCGACUGAUCUUCAAACUGCGCUACGAGAUAAGGAUAAACAAAUGGAGAGUUUAAUUCAGAGAAUAGGACUACUUUACAAAUACAACAAUCAAUUUGCCAAAGAGAACAAGAAACUUUUAUCCAUGCUCAAGCGAGCCGAGGAAAACAAUCCAAAGAAUUGUGAAGUAUGUAGUCAACUUAUGGAAGAAAAGAAUUCCUUACUCGAGGGCAAUAGCAAUUUGCAAAACGAUGUGGCCAUGAUGAAGGUUUUAGUUUACAGAUUGAAUGUGCAAAUAGAAAGCUACCAGGACAAGCUCAGGAAUUCAAAUGGGAGUACAGUGGAUGAUGAAACUCCUCGAAGUAACUUCCAUGAGAGGAAAACUGUGGAUCCAUGUUGGGGACCUGUAAAUAGUGAAACCCUGGGUCCUUUAUUGAAUUCUUAUGAGGAAAUGAUUAGGGACAAAAAUGAUCUCAUCCAACAGCAUGAAAAGGAACUGAAACAUUUUACAGGCGAACUGAAAAAGGUCAUCGAUGAGAAUUUACAUCUGCAAGAAGAAUGUGACGUCAUAAAGAAGUCUUCCAAUGGUUGGUUAGAGACCAAAACACGUCUUCAAUCGCAGUUGGAAUCAUUGAAAUCCAAGCUGGAUAUUCAAACCAAACGAGCCGAUUUGGCCAAGGAGAAGCUAUUAGAAGUCAUUCAUUGCUAUGAGCAAAAGACUCAAACUUUGUCACUUGAUCUUGAGCAUUUGCAGAAUGCAUAUUCCCGGUGUAAAAACGAACUUGUGUCAAUUAAGAGUUCAACGACUAAUCAACCAAACGCUAUAGUUGAGUCCUUAAAGGAAUGCAAAGAACUCUUUGAAGAACUUAAAUCCCAACACAAUAAUGAAAAAUCUGACUUGGUAGCAAAAAUAGAAGAACUACGCAAGGAGAACACUGAAAUCUUGAGUAAAAACGAAGACCUAAAAAAGCAAGAAGUGACUUUGAGAAAUGAAUUCAAUUCGGAAAGAUGUACUUACGAAGAGUUGAAGACUAAAACAAUAGCUCUGCAGAAAAUUACUGAUAAAUUAAAGAAAUCAAGAGAUAGAUUGAAAUCUCGUUUGAAAAUUGCUCUCGAAUGGGCUAAGAAAUUAGAACAAGAACAUGCGAAUUUCGAAAGUACUUGGGAUGCAGUUAAACGUUUGGAAACUGUAGUAAAGCAUAAGGAAGCUCAAUUGAGGGGAUUACAUGCACGUCAUUUGGAAGAGAUGGAAAAGAUGCGUCUGAAGCUGGAACAGAAAGAGGAUACUAUUAAAAAUAUUCUCAAAUCUAAAAUAAAUAAUGUUCGUUCUUAG